CAGUCUUGACAGCUGAGGGGUCUUUGGAGGUGUGAGUUACAGUGGAAAUACAUAAAUGAAAAGCCAUGGAAGACAAAGCACAGAUACAGGAAGCUAUUAAAAGCCAAGGUGAAGUCGUUCGGAAGUUGAAGUCAGAGAAGGCGAGCAAAGAGCAGAUUGAUGAAGAGGUAGCCAAACUGCUGGAGCUGAAGGCUCAGUUAGGAGGAGAUGAUGGCAAACAUACGUUUGUCCUCAAAACAGCAAAGGGAACGAGGGACUACAACCCCAAGCAGAUGGCCAUCAGAGAGAAAGUCUUUAACACCAUCGUCGGCUGCUUCAAACGUCACGGAGCAGAAACCAUCGACACACCUGUUUUUGAACUAAAGGAAACAUUGACAGGGAAGUACGGAGAAGAUUCCAAGCUCAUCUAUGACCUCAAAGACCAAGGAGGGGAGCUGCUGUCCCUCAGAUACGACCUCACUGUGCCCUUUGCCCGCUACCUGGCCAUGAACAAGAUAACCAACAUCAAGCGCUACCACAUCGCUAAGGUCUACCGGCGUGAUAACCCAGCCAUGACCCGUGGACGCUACCGAGAGUUUUAUCAAUGUGAUUUUGACAUAGCAGGACAGUAUGAUGCCAUGAUUCCUGAUGCUGAGUGUCUGAAGAUUGUCCAUGAAAUCCUCAGUGAGCUGGACCUCGGAGACUUCCGUAUCAAAGUCAACGACAGACGCAUCCUUGACGGAAUGUUUGCUGUGUGUGGGGUCCCAGAUGACAAGUUCCGCACUAUCUGUUCAACAGUGGAUAAACUGGACAAGAUGCCCUGGGAGGACGUGAAGAAGGAAAUGGUGAAUGAGAAGGGCCUGUCAGAGGAGGCUGCGGACCAGAUUGGGGAGUACGUCAGUAUGCAGGGUGGAAUGGAAGUAGCAGAGCGCCUCCUUCAGGACCAGAAGAUGUCUCAGAGUAAGCAGGCCUGUGCUGGCCUGACAGACAUAAAGCUGCUCUUUAGUUACCUGCAGCUCUUCCAGGUCACAGACAAGGUGGUGUUUGACCUCAGUCUGGCCCGGGGUCUGGACUAUUAUACAGGAAUCAUUUACGAGGCGGUGCUGACUCAGGCAGGUGUGGCCCAGGUAUCCAACGACGCCCAAAAUGGGCCACCUACCGAGGAGAGUGUUAGUGUGGGCAGCGUGGCUGGCGGCGGGCGAUACGACGGCCUGGUGGGAAUGUUUGACCCCAAGGGCAGGAAGGUGCCGUGUGUCGGCGUCAGCAUCGGCAUUGAAAGGAUCUUCUCCAUCAUGGAGCAGAAGGCUGAGGCCUCAGCAGAGAAGAUUCGUACCACAGAUGUUCAGGUCCUGGUGGCGUCUGCUCAGAAGAAUCUGCUGGAGGAGAGACUCAGACUUGUCACUGAGCUCUGGAAUGCUGGCAUUAAGGCAGAGGUGAUGUACAAGAAGAACCCCAAACUGCUGAGUCAGCUGCAGCACUGUGAGGAAUCUGGUAUCCCCCUGGUGGCCAUUCUGGGAGAACAGGAACUGAAAGAUGGAGUGGUCAAACUGCGCGUUGUGAGCACCAGAGAGGAGGUUGAUAUUUCCAGAGCAGAUGUUGUAGGUGAGAUCAGGAGGAGGACCUCUGAGGCCUAGCCAUUCCUAAUGUUCAGCCACAACCCCAACCACAUCAACUGAUGCUUCAAACACUCUGCAAACGCAUACAGAAUUUCUUGUCUAGCCCUAUACUGUUGUGGAUGGACGUCAUGCAGCCCUGAAAACACACAUCCAUCCUCAUUUUCAUAGCAGCCACAUAGACUGGUAUUAUGUUGCACACUGUAACAGAGCAGGUAGCCAAAAGCUUUGAAGCUAAGUGGAAGUGUGUUUGACAUUAUGUGCUUUUUAAAAGAGAACACUGUCAUUCGAGAACACCAUCCAGGAAAUAUGCUGCAGUUUACAUGAAAUGAAACCUGUUUUGGAUUAUGUCUGAAAGUCAUAUUCUGGCUUUCAACAUCAACAUUGUAUAAUAGUGUGCUCAGAGGAACAGAUGGUCUAUUUUCUGAGCAGUGUUCAUUCAGAAAUGCUCUAUCUGUUCAGGUCCAAGGAUGAGAAACUGUUAGAGAGAUUUACUUUCUGUCUGAACCCAUCUGAUGAUUUGCCUCUGUUUAACUUCAACUCUAAACAAAACAAAGACUAAUUUCUACCUGUAUCAAACAUGCCUGUACUGUCAAGUGUCUGAAAUAAACACAUUCAUCAUUUUGCUCAAUACAAAAAAAACAAACAAAAAAAACAAACAGCUGCUGUGUUGACUGGGAUAUUGGGCCUGGGACAUGCACAGUUGUGUGCAUGCUUAUUUUUGUGUAAAGACACUACAGUGAAAAGGUUGGCCAAAUUACAAGACCUUCAUUGCUAUCACACCAUACAGAUGGCUGCAGUUUUAUUUAUUGGUGUGGUUUUACUUUUGUUGUCCCACAUAUGGAUAUUAUAAAAACUAGGCAGAUAACUCUGAGUAUUUAAGUGUGUGCCAAAGAAAUACAAUGGCCUUUUAUGAAAUGUGUGACAGUUUCCCUUUAAUUUCCUUUAAUUUUGUUAGGGAGGAUAUCACAAAACUCCUAG